AGAGACGCUGAAUCAGAAGUGCAGAGUUCCGCGACCGAGUAAAAGACAGGUUUUUUUUUUUUUAUAAUACUUAGUGAAUUUAAUUUUAGUCGAACCUUUAAUUUAAUCUCAGGUUUUAAAAUUAAAUUUUAAGGGAGUAACAGAAACUAUUUCAGGCUCAGACAUUUAUCACAGUCUAAGUGUUGGAUCAUUUGACCUCUACGACACGGAAAUGUCUGCUGUACCUGCGUCACUCUGCUCCACUUUGAUGUUUGUCGGAGUCUUUGUGUUUGUCUGUGCAGACCAGAAAACCAUCACAGCUGAGUCUGGACAGAAUGUCACUCUGACAUGUCGAGCUCCAAACAACAACAUCAUAGUUGUAAAGUGGAUCAGAGCUGACCUGGGAGAUGAAUAUGUGCUUUUGUACCAGGAUGGGCGAUUUGUUCCAGACGAGCAGCAUCCAUCUUUUAAGAACCGGGUGGAUCUGCAGGACAGACAGAUGAAGGAUGGAGACGUGUCUUUGAUUCUGAGGGAUGUGAAGAUUAAUGACACUGGAGUAUACAUGUGUAGUGUUGUCAUGGAAGGAGUACGCACAUGGACCAUCAGCUUCAUCUACCUGAUUGUUGAUCCUCCAGGUCAGCCAGAAGGAUAUCCUGUAUGGAUGGUUGGUCUGGGAAGUAUUCUUCUUGUUAUUUUUAUUUUUCUGAUCCAUAAAAUAAUACAACAACAGAAAACUAGAAAGCGAAAAUUUCUGAAGAAAUUUUAAGUGUGCCUA